AUGGGCUGGUGAACCUGCUCUGCUCAAACCCUCAGCGUCUUUGGGCUACAAUAGAGAAAGUGAAAUUGCCCAGUUUGAUGUUGCUGUAGUUCAGGAGGAAGGAUUAGGUUAAAGGCUUGAUGUGUUUUUACUGGUGUGAGAGGUGCUGUGCUUGCCAGUUUAAAGAGCAGCCUGAGGACAGCAGGAGAUGAGGGACAUGAUGUGGAUUUAUGCCGCUAGUAUCCUCUUGUUGUCUGAAGUAUGGAGCAUGGAUCAAGGACCUAAUCAAAACUUCACCUCUGUGAACACCAGCGCUUCUUAUCCUAAAGGUUUUGUGGUCAGACACUUAACUUUCAACCUGGGGAGCGAAGCUAACCUGACAUGCAGCAAUAAGACAUGGAAUGAGACGAUAUUUGUCACCUGGACUUUAACACUGAAAAAUAAGAAUAAAAUAUGUAGAAUAGCCUUUACCCCUGGAGACACAAGCGACUACUGCAAUGAUGGCAAGUCACUCCAAAACACAUCCAGAGGUCAGUCAUACCUGCAUAUCCCAAACUUCUCAAAUGAUGACGUGGGGGACUACAGGUGUGAGUCAGUUUACAAUGGAGGAGUCGACGUUUAUAUGAUGCACGUGAAUAUCACAGUCCCUCCUACUAUAUCAAUGUGGUUGGAGCAUAAGGACAACAAGAUGGUGGCAGUGUGCAGAGCUGCAGGAGGAAAACCUGCUGCCAACAUCAGCUGGAGUCAUGCAGGAAACUCAUCGUCUGUGGAAACUAACUCACAUGGAUUUUUAACAGUGGAAAGUCGCCUUGAGCUUCCUGAAGGAAUGGACACAGAAAACCUGAGCUGUGUUGUCAGGCACCAGUACUGGGAAGAGAAAAGGAGUAUAAAACUCCCAAAAGCAGGUUAUGUGCCUCGGCUGUUCAUCAUUGGUGGUGUGGUGAUUAUCGUGUUGUUGGCAGGAGUUCUAUUUUUUAUACAUCAGAAACUAAUAUUAUUGAGGCGAUGCAAGAAGUCCGUAACCUCACCAUCCAAACCUCCACCGACAGAAGAUGUGGAGGAAGUGGAGCCCUACGCCAGCUAUGUUCAACGUGUGAACUCUAUCUAUAACUCCUCUGCAGAUUUGUUCACAUAAAAUCCUGCACAUGCAUCACAUGCACACUCUUAAAUGCACAUGUCUCUGUGAGAAAGUGCGAGGGCUGUGAAACUGAGAAGUGGUGAAAUAGUAAAGACAGAGGGGAAUGAGAUGAAAGACUUCCGAUAAGAGGGAAGCCUCUCAGUUUAAUUCUGCCUGAGCAAAACUCUCGCCUGAUGGAACAGGGGAUGUACCUGAUUGCACACACUGGCUCCAGUGCACAGCACUGCAGCCCACUACUCCCUGUGUGGGUGUCAUGGAGAACUUUAAUAAUGACUACAGAUACAAUGAUUGCUGGACUGGAACGAACACCGCCUUCAGCCAGGCACAACACUCCAAGACUACAGAACUUUUGAUGUGCUGCAAUUGUAUGAUUAUUGCUAUCAUUAAUAUUAUUAUAACACAUAUUUCUAGAUAAACUGUAAAGAGAUGCUCACUGUUUAAUGGAUUCUUGCUGAAGUCAACCCAGUAAAAGUCCCAUGUGUAAAACUGCCUCAAGAUAAUGUGGACAAUAUUAUGUAAAAUAUUCAUGUCUCAAUGCAGAAGUGUGUGACUGAGUGUAUUAAACACACAUCUGAACACAUUGCUCUCCAUGUAGCUCAGCAAAAUUAAGAAGAACACUAAAAAUAGUGCAAAAGAACAAGUAAACAAGGGUGUUGUUUUCAUCAGGUUGAAUUUUACAGUGCUGAUAACAAGUGCUGCAGUUAAAAUGUCACACACAGCCACACUGUUUUCCACUGUGGUUAAUAUCUAAAAAGAUUACAUGUCAAGAUGACUUUUACACCCUUUAUAGACAUGCAGGAACUUACACUUUCUGUCACCCGACUGAUCAACACUGGGUGGGGCAUUUAUGAAAUGGAGGUUUUUGGGGGUUGUAAAUGUCUGUAAUUUUGUCAAAAGUCCUCUGCUAUCUUAAUGUUUUUAUUGGGGUUGACAAAUGCACAUGUUCUAAAUACUGAAAAUGUCCCCCUCCCCCAACAUUUUCACUUUUGCGAUUAAUGAUUAUUAGCCGGGGCCAUCCGAAAAAAAAAAAAAAAAGUCUCUGAA